AUGCAUAAUGGAAUUGGACUUCGUACUCCUAGGGGUAGUGGAACUAACGGAUAUGUCCAGCGCAGUUUGGCUGUGUUGCCUGUGAAUAAAAUUGCCAAACUUUCACAUCAGUCUGACUCGAUAACUCGUCCAAAGAGUAGAGUUGACCCUCAGAUUAUUUUACAUGAGAAAAAACGAGAAAUUGAGCUAAAAUUAUUGGAAUUAAGAACUACUUUACGCACUUCAAUGACUGAGGAGGAAAUUGAAGAGGAAAUUAACAAGCAAAGGAAACAUAUGUUAAAUAAUCUCAACUUGGUUCCAUUAAAUAUUAACAAGAAUCAGCAUAUAAUGGCAGAAUUGAAGAAUAAACAAAUUACUAAUAUAGAGAAUGUACUAAAAAUAAAACCAAAACCAACUAAAACUGAAGAUACUCAUAAAGACAAUGCCACUGACAAGGAUAAUCAUAAAGAUAGUCCUAUUGAUAAGGAUACUAAUAAUAAACACAAUAUUGAUAAGGAAAUUUAUAAUAAACAGAAUCUUGAUAAGGAGAUUGAUAAGGGGAGAGUUGCUACCUAUAAGAGAAGUAGAAGCUAUACCUAUAGUAGUAGGAGUGAUAGAAGUGAUAUUAGUAGUAGUAGAGAUAGAUAUAAGAGAAGAUUUAAAAGUUCAAGAUAUAAAAGAAGUUACAGUAGAAGCCCAAGCUAUAGUAGUAGUGAUAGUAGAAUCCGCAGCUAUAGUUCUAGGAGUGAUAGCAGAAGUUAUAGUAGAAGCCGUAGCUACAGUAGAAGUAGUACAUAUAGUAGUAGAAGUAGAAGUAGUAUUAGUAGUAGAAGUUCCAGUAGGAAUAGAAGAUAUAAAUCUAACUAUAAAGAUAGAAGACAUCGAAGUUAUAGUAAUAGAAGAUAA